GCACUUUGCCUCUUUUAUUCCUGCUACUGGCCGCCUUCCCGCGUUUGAGCAACACGGAACAAAUGUGAAAAUUUCAAACAAAACCACCGGUUUAUUACUCGCGCUCUCUAGCUCGUCCCCGUCUCUGAGAAGCCAUGGCGGUAAACUUCGGUAAAAUUGUCGUGGGGAUAUACGUGGAGAUAAAACGGAGUGACGGGCGAAUACAUGAAGCCAUGGUAACGUCUUUAAACGAAGACAACGAAAGUGUUACUGUGGAGUGGAUAGAAAAUGGAGACACGAAAGGAAAAGAGAUUGAUCUAGAGUGUAUAUUUUCACUAAACCCAGAUGUUGCUCCAGAGGAGGAGAUUUCUCUGAGCCCUGUAACACCACCUCCUCCCACACCUACCUCUAUGAAGGUCAACAAGAUCCCCAAGAAUCGAAGGACUAUCGCUCCUGGAAGGGCUGAGAUCCCAUCCAGAGACAAUAAAGUCGGAUCAACUCGGGCGCGUCCUGGCCAGCAGCAGCCGGAGUCAGCCAUCCCUCCACCUGCUCAGCAACCAGCUCAACCUACACAGUCCCAAACACAGCAGAGCCAACAACAGCUGCAAAAUGCGAGGAGGAAGUCCAACUGUGUGAAAGAGGUAGAGAAAAUGCAGGAGAAGAGAGAGAGGCGGCGACUGCAGCAGCAAGAGCUAAGGGAGAAGAGAGCGCAGGAGGUGGACACGACAGUCCCCAACUAUGAAAUAAUGCAGAUGAUCAGAGAUUUUAGGGCAAGCCUGGAUUACAGACCACUAACCACAGCAGAUUUGAUUGAAGAGCACCGAAUAUGUGUUUGUGUGAGGAAGCGCCCUCUUAACAAAAAAGAACUCACUGCAAAGGAGCUGGAUGUGCUCACCAUCCCCAGUAAAGAUGUCGUCUUGGUCCAUGAGCCUAAGCAGAAAGUGGACCUCACCCGAUACCUAGAGAAUCAAACCUUUCGCUUUGAUUAUGCCUUUGACGACAGUACAUCAAAUGAAAUGGUUUACAGGUUUACAGCAAGACCUUUAGUGGAAACGAUCUUUGACAGAGGAAUGGCUACAUGCUUUGCGUACGGCCAAACCGGAAGUGGGAAAACGCACACCAUGGGUGGAGAUUUUUCUGGAAAGAACCAGGAUUGCUCAAAAGGAAUCUAUGCAUUAGCUGCUCGUGAUGUUUUCCUUAUGCUUAAGAAACCCAACUACAAGAAGUUGGAUCUUCAAGUCUACGCAACCUUCUUUGAAAUUUACAGUGGAAAGGUGUUUGACUUGCUGAACCGUAAAACAAAGCUGCGUGUACUGGAGGAUGGGAAACAGCAGGUGCAAGUGGUUGGGCUGCAGGAGAAAGAGGUCAGAUGCACUGAAGAUGUCCUCAAGCUCAUUGAGGUCGGAAACAGCUGCAGAACUUCAGGACAGACUUCUGCCAACGCUCACUCAUCCCGAAGCCACGCUGUCUUCCAGAUUAUUCUGCGCAGGAAGGGGAAGAUGCACGGCAAGUUUUCAUUGAUUGACCUGGCAGGGAACGAGCGUGGCGCUGAUACAUCCAGUGCUGACCGCCAGACACGGCUGGAGGGAGCAGAGAUCAACAAGAGCCUACUUGCACUGAAGGAGUGUAUUAGAGCCCUGGGGCGGAACAAACCACACACGCCGUUCAGAGCCAGCAAACUUACGCAAGUGCUCAGAGACUCGUUCAUCGGCGAGAACUCAAGGACGUGCAUGAUUGCCACCAUUUCUCCUGGAAUGGCUUCCUGUGAAAACACUCUGAACACACUACGAUAUGCCAACAGAGUGAAGGAGCUGACCGUGGACCCGAACACCAUGGCUGAAGGAGUGCGACCCAACAUCAACGCCAUCACCGAGCUGGACAUCAUGGAGGAAGAGUGGGAACUGAGUAGCUCCCCUCAGAGAGAUGACCUCAAGCUGCUCUGUGAACAGAAUGAAGAGGAAGUGUCUCCUCAGCUCUUCACCUUCCAUGAGGUGGUGUCCCAGCUGGUGGAGAUGGAGGAGCAGGUACUAGAGGACCACCGAGCAGUGUUUCAGGAGUCAAUUAGAUGGCUGGAGGAUGAGAAGGUUCUGCUGGAGAUGACUGAGGAGGUGGAUUAUGAUGUAGACUCCUACUCUUCCCAGCUUGAGCACAUACUGGACCAGAAGAUCGACGUCCUGAUUGAGCUCAGAGAUAAAGUGAGGUCGUUCCGCUCAGCCCUGCAGGAGGAGGAACAAGCCAGUAAGCAGAUCAAUCCCAAGAGGCCUCGGGCUUUGUAGACUGGGACUAAGGGCACAAGCAUGAUGGCUAGACAUUUGACAUCAGUUUCAGCAAAUACCAAAUAACCGUAAUGUGCAUCCGUACUAGUCGACCUGCUAGUGUCCGGCAGAGUUACUCCGAAUUUGAAUGUCUCUUUCUCUGGCUCACGUGUGAAAUAUUCAAAACAUUAGACCAUUGCUUUAAGUGGACUGCUGAUCUUCCAGUCAGGUCAGGCAGAAGAAUUGGCAAUCACGCCCAUCUACUAAUGAAACAUCGCACACAAAAUUACACUGAAUUACAUUUUGAAGAUCAGCAUGUGCCUUAAGACAACUGUACAAGCACAGCCAUUCAGAUAAGCAAGUGGAAUUUGUAUUCUGGUUGAAAAAUUGGAGUGAAACUCUGCGGUAGAUUUGGGAAAUAGAUUUAUUUUCUUUGUAUUUUAUUUUUAUUUAUUUACUUUGUUUGUAAGUUUAGGUAAAUGGCUGUUAACUACACUGUCCAUUUUUUAAAGGGUCUUUAACACCUUCUUCUUUGUUUGAAGCAUGUGCUUUUAGUAACCUGUUCCCCAUUCUCCAUUCCCAGCAUGGCAGACCAGGCCCAUCUGCACUUUAUAUAGCCCUGUUUCUCUAGGGGUCUAAUGUUGGACCUCGUUGUAUUAAUCGAUCGUUUCCUUUCGGAAGGGUUAAUUAUGUCUUUCAGUGUUUGUUUCAGUCACACUGUUCAACUUUCAAUUGUCUGAAUGAAUGAUCUCAAGGAGGUUGCUGCUGCUCUGGGGUGUGAGUAGAGCUGGAUUUGGUCAAUAAUACUGAAUUUGGGGUGUGAGUAGAGCUAUAUUUGGUCAAUAAUACUGAAUGUUGUUGUUUCUUGGUUUUACUAGGACAUUGUCCUCUUAGACAUUUUUUUUUACUCUGUGCUGUUGCUCUUUUUGAUCUGCUGCACCAUGCUUCACUGUCUUAUCUGGUGUCUGGAAAACAUGUUGCUCAAAACACUUCACCUGUUUUCUGUUUUCAGGAAAAAAAAAAAAGAAAAAAGAUGCUAUAAACAGACAUAUGGAACAAGACCCCCUGUCACUACAGCUGAACUUUUUUUGUGCUUUCUUUUGGUCUGUGUAGAGCCUCAGGAAAGUGACAGAUCACCCAACCUCACUCGAGCCAUGCACUAGGGAGACGACUUUAGAACCAGCUAGUCAGACCGACAAAAAACCCCCCCAAAAAAACAUAUAUAGCUACACUAUUAAUAAAGUCGCUUUUGUGUAUGUUGUAUUUUUUAGAAAAGCAGGAGUACUCUGACCUGAUGAGUUUGCUUCAUUGAAAACAAGACUGUUAUAUGUGGUAUGGGAAAUUUUAACAAAAAUAAACACAAAUCUUAUUCUUUGAUGCAGCUUAUGCAAGCAAACAGGACAGGAACAUUAGCCAGUAUUUUCAGUUGUACCUAUGGUACACAUCAUGCAUUGGUACCAGUACUUAUUAGUACAGGUAUUGAGAAUUUGAUGGUACUGACAACUCUAUGAAAGCACUAAAACAAGAUUUUCUUGGGAUGUUCCUAUAUAAAGCAUUAUAUCAAUCUGUCAGACGUGUAUGUAGGGUUUGUUUCCAGAAGUCGCUUAAUCACAGGAACCACAACACCAUAGUCCUGUUAUAGCCUGCUAAAAGAAAUGUAUUCCAACAGGUGCAAUGGUUCCUUAUGCCAAUUUUCCUCUUUUAUGGAGGUAACAGAAGAGAAGUAUAACCACCUCACCGUCUCCUUUAGAUCAAUAAAAUCAGUUACAUUUGUAACUGCAUCAGCUUUUCUUCCACUCCUCCACUGGUUACUGAUACAGCCUGAGACUUCCCAGCUUCUCUCUUAACAUUUCAUGUUUUCAUUUCAGUUCUUUUCAAAUUGGAGGUGAGAAAGUUUAGGCGCCAACGUAAUUUCAAUUCAGGCAGCAACACUGCGAUAACAAAAGUCAUUCUUGAUGCGUCUUGAUGAAUCUCGGUUCUAUACACCGAGGCUUCUAUGUUGAACAGGAAGAGCAGACUGUUGCCAUGAAAUUUCCUUUGUUGUAUUCCCAAAAUCAUUUCUUGGUGUGAUGGACUUCAGACAUGGCAUGCCUCCUGUCCAGAUUUUUUAUUAUUAUUAUUUAAAAAAAUUUUUUUUUUGUCAUUCAUAAAAUCCAAAUUUCAAGUGGAAGGCAUGGAUCAGAGUUUGUUCAUCUUCAUGUUUGUUAGCUAGUUUCUAACGUGCUUGGUUCACAGAGAAUGGCAACAAUGUUGUAGCUUUUCAUUAAACAUAUAAUAAAUCUGUGAUCUGUGCAUGGAUGCAGAACCAUUUGAAAAGAGAAUCAAGAUAUUUUCACCCCUAUUUAAAAUUGAAUUCACUGUUUAUAUACGAAGUUCUCAAACUGGCUUAAAACACAAUUUUGUCGAAAAAGUUUGGUUUAUUAUUGUACAUUUUAGGAUAAUGUAACACCUUGAGAUUAACAUGGAACUGAAGGCACACUAUAAAUAAAAUGUGUGAUCAUCAAUAUCACUAAACAAUCCAGCCUGUGAUGGCGCUUCAGGAAAAGUGGAUCCCAGCUGAAUUGAAUGCAUGAAGUAGUCUGAGGCGACAAAGAAACAAGAAGCAACAUUAAUUUAAAUUAAAAUUGUAAUUAUUUUAGCUACAUCAAGAAUAACUGCAGUGAAAAAUGUAUUUGCAAAGUAUAUUCACUUACACCAUGAAGUCGUCUAUGUCCAUUGAUCGUGCCCGUUUUUCACUAAACUCAGCUUCCUGUAGAACGCUCUCAAGUUUCUGGGUAAUGCUGAAGUCCUGUGGUACUUCCUAUUAAUAUACGAUUAGAAUGGCCCACAAUCAAAUGUCUGACCCCAAAUGUGCCAAAAUAUAUUAACAGCACCACAGAGAACCUACGAGCAAUUUUAGAUAAUCUAGCAUAAAGAAUUUUCUGAUGAAUAGUGGGAGUAACUGUUUACUUACUAUACUGUGCAUGGAGCAAUGAAUUCUGUAGUUCUUCUCCAAAAGCUGCUCAACAGCAGCAGACCUGGGGGAGAACAAUACAAGAUAGAACUGAAAAUGUUUGCUUUUAGGUACAACUGAGAUGUCAAGUCGUUAAACUGAAAUAAAUACUUACUUGAAGGCUGCGCUCAGAGUUUUGUUCUUUCUUACAAAUGCAAUUCUGACAAGACCAUCCCAUUCCUAUAGGUAAAAAAGAAAACAUUUUAAUAAAUAAUACAUAUAACCUAAAGUGCAUAUUCAAUGUUAAGUAAACUGCACUGACACAAACAGAGGUGUUCUGCAAGUGAAAUAGAAGUGAUUGCGUGAAGUACUGAAUGUUCAGAGGUGAAAAAUUUUACAUCUAUCAUUUUU